AUGGGGACUGUACUGUCUCUGUCACCAGGAUCUAGGAAAGCCAGCCUAUAUGAUGAUGGAUCUGGGUCCUUGGCCCAUUAUACCAGUGUUAGCAAGGGGAGUGGGCAGAAACCAGAUAAGACUCUGAAGAGACACUCUAUGUUCAUCCCUGCCCUCACCUGGAAGAGGCUUGUGGCCUCCACUAAAAAGAAGACUUCCAGAAAGGGCACCGUUAAUAACAAUUACCAAAAGGACGUUGCCCACCUGAACCACGAGAAUGUGAAGAAAUCCCUGUCGUGUGCCAAUCUCUCCAGCUACGACAGCCAACCUCUUGCACCUCUUAGCUCAAAGCAGAUAUCCUCCAUCAAGAAGGCCUCUUGUACAACUAAUGGAGGCUCUCCUAAAAGAGUCAUUGUACAAGCAUCCACCAGUGAGCUUCUGAAAUGCCUUGGGGAAUUCCUUUGCAGGAGGUGUUACCGACUGAAACAUUUGUCACCUACAGAUCCCAUUCUCUGGCUUCGUAGUGUUGACCGCUCCUUGCUACUCCAGGGAUGGCAAGACCAGGCCUUUGUCACCCCAGCCAAUGUUGUCUUUGUUUACUUGCUGUGCAGGGAUGUCAUUGAUGGAGACUCGGUAGCCACCGAGCAUGACUUGCAAGCUACUCUGCUGACUUGCCUCUACCUGUCCUACUCCUAUAUGGGCAAUGAGAUCUCCUACCCACUCAAGCCCUUCUUGGUGGAAGCAGGGAAAGAUGCCUUCUGGGACCGUUGUCUUUGCAUCAUUGAUGCCAUGAGCGCCAAGAUGCUCAGAAUCAAUGCGGACCCUCACUAUUUCACCCAGGUCUUUGCUGACCUAAAAAAUGAAGGCAAUAGGGAUGAGUUCUCUCGGGUCCUAGAUCGGUGA